UUAUUAAAAUUAAAAAAUCAUAUUUUCCCUCCAUAAUAAGGAGGUCCCCAAUAAUCUUAAAUAUUCCCUUCUUAAUUCAAUUAAUUGAUAUUAUAAUUAUUAUCAUCACCUAGUUAUUAAUUAAUUAUCUUUUAAUAUUUUCCAAAAUAGUCCUUUAAAUCAACCACACCCCCACCCAAAUAGACAUCCUCUGGGUGUACAUCAUAAAAAAUAUAAUUAAAAAGCGAAAUAACGGAAACCAUUUAAAUAUUUUCUUCUUUAAUAUUUUUUUUAUAUGUACUGGUAAAUCUUAAAUUUUUUUCCUUAUAAAUUCUUUGAUUUUCUAAACUAUAAUAAUUUGUUAAUUAUUUUAAUUAUAAAUCAACCAAAAAUUUAAUUUAUCCAAAAAAGAUUUCUCAUCUUAAUUUUCAGGCUAAAAUAUUCUCAACUCUAAAGGGAUUUCUUCCAAAAAAGUAAAAAAAGGUUCCGUAUUUUCCAAAACUGAAUAGAAAUAUUCUUUUUCUUCUUAAUUACAAUAUAAUAAAAACCAUUAAAAAGAUUAAUUAUAAUCCACACAAUAACCUUAUCUUCUUCCAUAUGUGAAUGAAAAAGGGUGUGAUUCAGGGUUUAAAUCUAGAGCCAAAUCAAAUUAAAUAGGCGGUGGAAAAUGCCAAUUUUAUUAACCUUUUGUUUAUAAUAAUUUCUUUUAAAAAAUAUCUUUUAAGACUUUGUUUCUUAAAUCAUUCCAUUUUCUGGCUAAUUUAUUCUACCAAUCUGAUAUAAAAUAACCAUAUUUUCUUGAUUUUUAGACUAUUUUAGCCAACUCUUUUAAUUAAAUAACAGUUUCUGUAUUAUUAUUAAUAUAAGUUGACAAUAAUUCUUCAUUUUCCUCCAAUAAAAACUUAAAAACUAGAUGCUUUUGCACAUUUCUCAAUGUCCCAUUGUUUUAAACAAUAAUAUUGGUCGGAAAUCGGUUUAAGGCUUACCUAAAGCCUUCAAAAAAUAAAAUAUUCCAUUCUUUUUAUAGUCUAUAGUCAUUAUUUAUGUUUAAAUGCUCUUCCAAAAUACAUUUUCUUAUCUCAUAUUUUUCUUAUUUAUUAUAGAUUUUUUUUAUAUUUAAUAAAGUCUUAAAUAAUUUUUUUCUAGAUUUUUUCGAAAAUUUUUUAUCAUAUUUAACUUCUUAAUAUAUAAUUAAUAAGUCUUUCUCUAACUCAAAUAGAUCAUAGUAGUUUUUCUAAAAGAUAAUUUCCGGAACAGGUAAUGAUCUUAACUUACAUAAACUUUUAAAUUUAGCCAAUUAUUUUACUUUAGGACUCUAACUAGAUAAAUCUAAAGACUUUAUAAUCCUAUUACCGUUUACAAAGGGAAUACAAACCAUUAAAACAGCCAAUUAAGGGCAUUUUUCGAAUACUUUAGUCCCAUAAUGGGCUAUUAGGUAUCCAUAUAAGAGUUCUAUGGAUAUAUUUUCAGUAGAAGGAAGGGUAUCUUGGUUAAAAGAAGAGGUUAUAAUUAACAAAUUAUGAUUUAGGAUUUUCAAAUACUCUUCUUUUGUAAACGAGUAGAGACCUCCUCUUGAUUUUAUGAAUUAAUUUGCUUAAAUUAAAAUUAAAUUAUUUAAAUCAGUUAUUUUAUUUUCUUAUCCAAGUUUUCUUCUCUCAUAAAUUUCCAAAAAUUCAACAACUAAAGAAUCUAUAGUCUCUGAUGUUAAAAUUUCUGGAAUUUUAUAUUCCUGGGUAUCAUUUAAUUUUUCAAUAAUAUCUUUUUUAGUGUUUGCGGGACAUAUAUACGUGCCUAUAGGGUGUAUUUCUGGAGUUAGCAAAGCAGCAGAUU